UACCCUACGCCCCUUCCCACCAUCAAAGCAUUAAAUUCUCUCUCUCUCUCUCUCUUCUCUGCUUGGAGAUUACUUUACUCUCUCUCUCUCUCAAUUACUCCGUUACCUUCAGCCGGAGAAGCUCUCGUUCCUUCUCUCUUUCGCAAACCUUACUCUCAACGUUCGACUCUGCUUCCAGCUGUGUGCAGAUCUCCAGCCGCAUUGCGUGGAUCUAUCGAAAUCGCGUUAAACCCCCUCGACCCUAGGGUUUUGUGUUGGGGGAGAAAAAAAAUCAAUGUCUGCGAAGCUUUUAUGGUUAAACUUCUGAUUCAGGACGAUAAGCUUCGUUUUGAUUCUUUGAAUAAUCGGAGAGUGUCCAGCGAAGAGGACGCGGAGGUUCGGUGUAUCCGUUGCUGACGAAUGCGGAACUUUGCGAUGCAUCUGCUGCUGUUUCUACUUCUUCAUUCUCCCGUAUGCUUUGCUAGGCUGUUUCCUGUGAGCUUCCCGUUUAGCCGAUCAAAAUCGCAUCAAAUGCGCUUUUUUCAUCCUCAUUUCUAUCCAUCUGUUGCUCCUGCACCUUCACCAGCUUUGGCCCCCAAACCAAACGUCAUUCCCACACCAAGACACAACGGUCACUACCACCACCAUCGUCUUGUGACUUCAGCUUCACCUUCCUCCUCACAUGAUUGUCAACAGGCAUGCGUGGAGCCCCUUACUUCAUCUCCCUUAGGUUCACCUUGUGGUUGUGUUUUCCCCAUGAAAGUUCAGCUUCUGCUAAGCGUCGCGCCUUUUUCUAUUUUCCCCGUGACCAGCGAGUUAGAAAUUGAGGUUGCGGCUGGAACAUACUUGGAACAAAGCCAAGUCAAAAUAAUGGGUGCCAGUGCCGACAGUGAAAACCAAGGGAAAACAGUGGUGGACAUUAACCUUGUUCCACUUGGGGAAAAAUUCGACAGUACUACGGCUACCCUUAUUUAUCAAAGGUUCCGGCACAAGAAAGUGCCUCUAAAUGAGUCUGUUUUUGGUGAUUAUGAGGUUACACACAUAAGUUAUCCAGGAAUUCCUUCUUCUUCACCAUAUAUUGUGGAAGGUGCUCCAACUGAAAGUACUAGAGGGCUUCCACUCACUGCAAACUUUGCCAACAAAAGCCAGGGAAUAGAUUUUCGAACGAUUGCAAUCAUUGUCCUGUCAGGUUUCGUGCUCGCUCUGGUUUUAGCUGGCGCUGUAUUUAUAGUCAUGCAAUGGAACAAAGUUGAGAUGUCAUCUACUGCUGUUGGCCCUGCAUUGGCUUCAUCGAUGAAGAAAACGCCUGGUGCUGGAUUUAUGUUUUCUAGUAGCGUCAAAAGCUCGGGAUCAGAUUCUUUGAUGUCGUGCAUGGCUAUGUGUGCUUUAUCCGUUAAGACCUUUACACUUUCCGAGCUCGAGAAGGCAACUGAUAAAUUCAGUGCCAAGCGGGUUUUGGGCGAGGGAGGAUUUGGUCGUGUUUAUCAGGGCAGCAUGGAAGAUGGAACCGAGAUUGCAGUUAAGCUGCUAACUAGGGACAAUCAGAAUCGAGACCGUGAGUUUAUCGCAGAAGUCGAGAUGCUAAGCCGUUUGCACCACCGCAACCUUGUAAAACUGAUUGGAAUAUGCAUUGAAGGCCGUACUCGUUGCUUGAUUUACGAGCUCGUCCACAAUGGGAGUGUCGAGUCCCACUUGCACGAAGGAACGCUUGACUGGGAUGCGCGGUUGAAGAUUGCACUCGGAGCAGCGAGAGGACUGGCCUAUCUCCAUGAAGAUUCAAAUCCCCGAGUAAUCCACCGGGAUUUCAAGGCCAGCAAUGUUCUCCUGGAAGAUGACUUUACCCCGAAGGUCUCAGACUUUGGACUGGCGAGAGAAGCUACCGAAGGAAGCCAACAUAUUUCAACUCGGGUCAUGGGGACCUUUGGGUAUGUGGCCCCUGAGUAUGCAAUGACGGGGCAUCUCCUUGUGAAAAGCGAUGUCUAUAGUUACGGUGUGGUUCUACUCGAGCUUCUCACCGGUAGAAGACCUGUUGACAUGUCACAGCCUUCGGGAGAAGAAAAUCUCGUGACGUGGGCGAGACCGUUACUAGCCAACAGAGAGGGGCUGGAGCAGCUGGUUGACCCCACAUUGGAUGGGACCUACGACUUUGAUGACAUGGCAAAAGUGGCUGCGAUUGCGUCCAUGUGCGUCCACCUAGAGGUCUCGCACAGACCGUUCAUGGGUGAAGUGGUGCAGGCACUGAAACUUAUAUACAACGACGCAGAUGAGACAUGUGGUGGGGACUAUUGCAGCCAGAAAGAGUCAUCAGUGCCGAACUCUGCAGACUUCAAAGGAGAUCUAGCUCCCUCGGAUAGCAGCUGGUGGAAUUUGACACCUCGGUUAAGGUAUGGUCAAGCGUCUACGUUCAUAACGAUGGAUUAUAGCUCAGGGCCGCAUGAGGAGAUGGAGAACCGGCCUCACUCUGCCUCUAGCAUUCCUGGAGAAGGAGGACUGUUUCUAGAAAACAGGUCGGGUCCUUUACGGCCAGUUAGAAGUAGAAGAAACUAUUUUAGAUCGAGAGGAAGCAUGAGCGAACACGGGGGACCAUCAUCAUCUAGACAUCUCUGGUCCGGGAACGGCGACUGGUUCUGAGAAAGCAGAGAAAAUGUACAGUAAAGAAAAGGGGCUCACAACUCUUGAGCUGCAUGGUUAGGUUUGGUAAAAGACAUUCCGGUUAGGGAGUUCGUUUUUGUUUUUCGUUUUAUCACAUUUUCAGCAAAUAGAUUUAAUUGUUUGGUUGAGGAUGCAAAAGCAACUGCAUAGGGAGGGUGCCUGUAUCUAUUUCUCUAUAUUCUUCUUCCC